AUGAGUGAUUUCGGCCAAGAGCUUGGCGAAGCUGGCGCAUGGGCGAAGUUUGCAGGCGGCAGCAAGGCACAGAGCCUUUUGGCAGCUCUCGGUGGUGCCGCACCAAGCAGCGCAGGGCCGCCAGAGGUGCUAGAGAUUGGGACGUAUUGCUCCUACUCGGCGAUCUCAAUCGUCACGGCCAGCUCCGCGCAGGUGACGUCCAUUGAGAUCGACCCUGUACUCGUCGCGAUUGCGCGAGGCAUCAUCGCACACGCGGGACUGUCCACCAGAGUUCGCGUUUGGACGGGACACUCGCGGCUUCUCCUGCCGCUGCUGAUGGAGCGCAGACAGCAAGAGAGGCCCACAGCACCAUGGUUCGAUGCGAUGUUUAUUGAUCGCUGGGGCACUCAAUACCCGGAGGAUCUUGACUUCGUGGAGAAGCUCGGGCUCCUGAGGCCUUCAGGUGCACUUCUCGUCGCGGACAAUGUUCUCCGAACGGCGGCGGCGCUUUUCCUGUGGCGUCUCACCACAGACAAGGUGCAGGAGCCCUCUGGCAAGCUGCAGCGAAUUUUUGCGUCGCGAACGGUCGAAGUCAACGAGGCGGACACUGAGACACCUCUGAGCGCAUCUGCUCAUGAAGUUGCAAGAGGAACCACAGAGAAGAAAGAUGUGCUGACGUUGGCUGUGGGGCAGUCUGCGGAACAGCCUGAGGAGCUGCAACGGGUGUCCGAGCUCAUGCGCUUGCGGACGACCAAGGCCUCUGGCUGCAGGCAGCUUUGUUUCCCCCGCAGAGAUCCAGGGCAGGUUCGUCGUAUUCCUCCACGCAUUGUCCAUGCAUGCGUUUGUUGCCCUCUGCAAAUCCACAGCCAUUUGCCCAAAGUGUUCGACGUCGCAGAGGGUAGCAGGACGCCGUGGGAUCGGCGAAGGCCGUGCUUGAAUCUGCUGGGCUCGGACCUACAUGACGACAGUUGGGUGGAGGAGCAAGAGGACCUCAUGUAUUUCAUACAGGCGCACCAGGAGCUUAGCAAGCAGCAGAACCAGAUCGUUUAUCUGGAGCUGCAGUUAUUGAAUGGGGCUAACAGCAGUGGCACCACUUGCAUGCUUGUGGAUCACCCUGCGAUUCUCGAUGACGACUCCGCGCAUGAAGAGUGCGCCGACGUUUUCCGACUUCCCGACGGCCAGCAGUGGAGAGUUUGCUCCUUACGACUUGCUCCUACGCUGAACUGGCGCCUGCUAUCGCAUGAAACCAGAAGUCCUUCAGCCUUGAUCCAUCAUGUGGCCGAUAUGGGGAGCAUGGAAAGGGCCGAGUCAGUUUUCGAAUUCGCAGAUAAGAUGACGGUGUUCCGACACCCAACCAUCCCAAACACAGCCUUUGAAGGUGAUGAUGCCGAGCAGCAGAAGAUCUUCGAGUGUCAGUUGUGGUGUAUGGCCCUCGCUUCCAAGAGCAGGACGCUUUACGCCAGAAGCGAUGACCACAUUGUUGGCAAGAACGUCCACAGUUUGCUUCGGUACUGCCUGAGUCCAACUGGGUCCUGCACUGAUUGGGCCGCCCACUACGUCACUACGUUGUUGGGCAAUAUGCAGCUAUUGGGCUCCCUUUCGUACAGCAGCGUAUCGGAGGUCUGGAUGCAAAAAAAGGUGAUCAGAAGGUUGGAGUUGCUUUGGGCCGUCGAAGACGAUCCCAUGCAAACAUAUGCGCAUGCAAUGCAGCAGCUGCCAAUUUUCCUGCAGUCUACCACAUCCGCAGAUGAGCAAAGAUUCCUCCGAGCACUGGAGGAAGCUGCUCGCCACAAAACUUGUCAUUCUGCUGAGUUGCUGGGCUGGUACUAUCACUUCGAAGAUUUCAUGAUCUUUCAUGUGCAUAGUUCCGUUUUCAUGGUCAUGCUCAAGAUGAACGAUUGUGAAGCUCCUCUGGUUGCCUUGGCAAAUUUCCAAGGCAUGCCCGAACACUGCCGAAACUUCUGCUGCCUCCAACGGCACCUGCUGUUGCACGACAGCUGGGGAGAGGUUGUCUCCAAUCCUUCCGGAUCUCUACGCUACAGGCAAGUGCGGGAGUUGGUGCUCGGCAGCCCAUGCGAGGCAGAAUGGGCCGGCCGUCAGUGGUCCACGAACUUCCAUUUGGAGAGGGGCCUGCAGCCUGAUGCCGUGUUUCAGAAGAUUGCAGUAGCUGUGCGCCACAUAACUUGGCUUUCCCUGGAGCGCGCACUGUGGCCACCGGAGGAAACGCCGCGGCAGCUGCUUGUCGUGGGCUACACGGAUGGCUUCCAGCUGUGGGAUUUGCAAGAUCCGACUGCAGCCAAAGAGUUGGUGUCGAAGUAUGACAAGGCCGUCCUUCAAGCGCGGCUAUUGCCUUUGCCGCUGCUGCCAGCGUCCGAACAGACGGAGCCCGGCGAAAGUUUCCUGGGCGUGAGCGCCGCCCCUCUCAUGGCGUACUUGCACAAGGGCUCGCCGGCCCUGGUGCGGCUCUUCUCCUUGAGGAGCCACGACGACGUCCAUUUGCUGCGGCUCACAGAGCCUGCAAGGAGUCUACAAGCUGGAAGGCGUUUCUUUGCUGUGGGCUUCGCCAAGCAGGUGGAACUUUACGACGCCCUGCAGUUUCACGCUCUUUUUUCCGUCCAGUGCCACGGGGCGGCCGGGCCUACUUUUGCACUGAGCCACCGCUGGCUUGCUUACAACCUCCCACCGCAUGUGAUGGUGAGCACAGGGAGCAGCUAUGCGGGUCCUCAGCCAGGCCUUCCAGGGAAACCACGGCUCCCGGCGGUGGUCAAGGAUGGUCUCGAGUACUUGGGCCAAGUGGGCCAACGCACUUUGGACCAGGUGCUUAUGCCGCCGACGACGGCCCCGGAGUCGGCAUCGCAGGGCUCAGCAAGCUUGAGGAGUGGGAGCGUCGCCGUACGGGACGUGGAGACGCAGACCGUGAUUUCGCAGUUCGAGGACCACGCCGAGGCAGUCGAGUGCAUGGUGUGGGAUCCUUCCGGUCUGCAACUGGUGACAUGUGCUGCGCUUGGGCAUCGAAUUCUUGUGCACCGUGCUGUGCUGGGAAAAGGGCACGCCCUUACCUUGGACUCGGGCAAGGACGGAGCACAGUUGGGCAGCCUCACUUUCCAGCAUGUCUUCACGCUCUCUCGCGGCCUUACACCCGCAGUCAUCAGCAACAUCGCCAUAUCCGACGACAGCCAAUUUGUGGCUGUCUCCUCUGCCAAGGGAACGACCCACGUCUUCCGUCUGCCAUCCUUUCACUCACAUCGGCACCAACUCUUAGAGACGGGGGCCGUGGUCGUGCCGGGCAUGGCAGGUGUCGACACCGGCCCGGUGAAUCUGAGUGUGUGCACACGAGUGCGACUGGGCUCGGUUCUCCUGCAAGAGGGCCUGAUGCCUCACAGCUCCUUCUUCGUGCCUCGGGUGGGCAGGGGCACUUCCUCCGGCCCAACAUUUCCCUGGAUCUACGUUGCCACGCGGGCCGGCUCGCUCACGGUGUACUCACUGCAUCUGACGCCGUCCUCCUUCGCCAACACUUCCACCGACCCAGGAGAGACCAGUGACGGCCCUGGAUCGGAGGAGUGGUCAACAUGCCUGCAGCGCGAAACCCGAAUCUGCCGACCCCUGCGCCACUUCAACGAGCGGCGCCUUUCUGCAAGAGAUGGCGAGACAACUUCGGCACGAUCGGGACCUCCACGCUCAGGGGCUUCGGCCUCGGCCGCUUCCCCGCGGCAGCGCGGCAGCCCGAGGCAUGGUUCAGACCUGAGCCCGGCAGCAACCACGAGAUCCGAUGAGGGUGUCUCGAAAUGGCUUGCCUUCGCAGAGACGGCGACGCACGUCUCCACCCAGGUUCCGCUGUGGCUCUGCCCUCAGCUGCAUGUCUUCGCCUAUCCUCCGGAUGUUAAUCGCGACCACUUGAAUGCAUCACUACGAGCUGGGGAGAUGGUGCCAGGGCGCCGCGAGAUCGAAAUAAGCCGGUCCGAGCAUCCCAGCGAGACGGUUCUCUACCACGGCCAAAGUGCUUCCGGUGAUGAUCUCAGGCAGCUGUUCGGUGGAGCCUUGGGUGCGGCGGUUGGCGAGGAAUCGUCCCAGGUGCAAGAGGCGGUGGCGAGACCACGACUAUCUCUUUCUGGAGGCUGGCCACCUGCCUUGGGUGCGAUCGAAUCACCCGAAGAUCCAGAAGAUGAUUGGGUGAAGGCGUGA